AUGCAUUUUUUUCUUUUUGAUCAAAACAUUACCCAUUACUUUGCUUGGUUGGUUGUCCUUUCACUUUGUUCACCAUUUUCUCCCACUUUUUAUCAGUUGUUUGAAGGAAGUACAAUGAAAUUCAAAGCAACAGUACGAGAUCGCCGGAUGUUAGUGGCCCUGUGUGAGGCAUGCCGCCGCUCGGAGAACGGUGGUGUCGUUUUAAAGCUUCACGCAUCACGGAUUCGUGUUUUCACGCGCACUCGGGCCGGGAGCGACAUACAGGUUGUUGCUGUUUGCCGCACAGAUGUUGUUUUUGGUGAAUUCAAGGCGCAGCUUGCUGGAAGGAACUCUAGAUCCAAGGCUGCGGCAGAGGACGAUGCAGAUGAUGGCGAUGCGAUAUACUGUGAAAUAGCGGACACAAGACGGCUGACACACGUGUUACGGCAGUCGGAACGUUGCCAAUUAAUCUCCAUCAAACUGUCGACCAACCAAAAACGUCGACCGGUACUUCGAGUGUCUCUGGGAGACACGCAGACAAACCUCGACGUAAGUCACGACGUCCCCGUGGAGGUGUUAGGGUCCAAUGAGGCAAGAAGCCUUAGUGCUCCCUCGCUAAGCUGUGCCGCGAGGCCGCUGGUGCUAGACGGACUUCUUGAACUGGCAACAUUUGUGGAUAGGGCCCGGUGCGCCUCCUGUGAGCAGGUUACAUUCUCCGCGUGGAAAAACAAAAGCAGCAGCAAAGGUAGUAAGGACUGCAACAAUGCUGGUUCACCUGUCUACACUCUCCUCAUUGAAGCAGAAUGCUUUCUCGGUAGUUUUGCUCUUGAAUACAAUUCCCUAACAGUGGCGAAGGAGGGCGAGGAAGAGGAAGAGGAAGAGGAGGAGGAGGAGGAGGAAGAGAAAGAAGGAGCCGAGGGGGCUCCAGGAACACCUGGCGACACCGAAAGCUUUGUGGAAGCGCAAGGAAGUAAACAGGGGCCUCUUUUAGCCAGCGUUACGGUAGAGGCGAGGGCGCUCGCACGGUUUUUGCCCAUUCGUGAUUUGACAGUGGAUUUCGUAUGGUUGUACCUCGAUCACCAAAAGGCAAUUGUCAUGUACAUCUGUGCCUCCGGAUGCACAAAGCUUUUGGGUUGCAUACCGGCUGUAACAAAUUGA